GCCAACAGUUGACUAGGCUCGAUUCAUUCUCAAGGUUGCCGCCUACACUGGUCGAGACGAAUGGGGCCAAGCCAUGAUGUGGAAGUUCGUGCACGAAGCGUGGUUCUUCAAGGACCGCCUCUCGGUAGUACAGGGCGAAGCUGUCCCAAGGCACUACGGGGUCUGGUGCGGAAAGGCCGAAUGGGGUGCUGAGCUUGCAAUCUCCAUUAUGCAGUUCGGAGGAUACAGCUAUCUACGAUAUUUCCGCGACACCGCGCUAGGAAAGCUAUCCUUCGAGCGUAUGCGGCCUUGCACAAGGCUGGAAUUAAGAUCAACAACUUCUCGGAAACGACGAAGCAGCUCCUUUACGACUGGCCGACGAAGAAAGCCUUCCUUGUCGACCUCGGUCAUGCCGAUGUCAAACACCAGUGCGGCUUGAGGGUCGAUUUGGAUAGGGACUACCCCGCCAAUCUUCCUGUCGAUGUAUUUGGCUGCUCGGAGUUGCUCCUGGUGCAUCGCCUAAUUGGAAAGACG